CAACCAAUGAUAAAUCGUCCCAAUUUUUAACUUCAUACACAGAAUUGCAAACAUGGACAAAUUUGAAAAAUUGUUGGUAGCUUUUUUUAUGUGUGCACUCAUACCCAACAUAAUCCAGGUGAAUGCUAACUUUUCAAAGAGCAUGUACCUCACAUGGGGUGUUCAACAUGCAUCAAUUAGGGGUGAAGAUCUUCACCUUGUGUUGGAUAAAACCUCAGGAUCAGCUGCUCGGUCAAAGAGAUCUUUCUUAUUUGGAAGUAUUGAAAUGUUAAUCAAGCUGAUACCUGGUAACUCUGCUGGAAUAGUCACAGCCUACUAUUUAUCUUCCACAGGAAAUCAACACGAUGAGAUAGAUUUUGAGUUCUUAGGUAACAGUACAGGACAACCGUACACAGUCCAUACUAACAUAUAUACGCAAGGAAAAGGAAGCAGAGAGCAACAAUUUCACCUCUGGUUUGACCCAACUGCUGAUUUUCACAAUUACACCAUUCACUGGAAUCCCUCAGAAAUUGUGUGGUAUAUUGAUAGCAUGCCAAUACGGGUUUUCCAGAACUACAAAAAUGAAGGCAUAGGCUAUCCAAACAAGCAAGGAAUGAGAGUUUAUACCAGCCUAUGGAAUGCAGAUAACUGGGCAACAAGAGGUGGACUUGUGAAAACCGAUUGGAGCGGUGCACCAUUCAAGGUAGGGUUUCAUCAUUUCAGAGCAAGGGCUUGCAGGUGGAAUGGAGCAAUGAGCAUUAAUCAGUGUGCCUCUAAUGUACCAGCAAAUUGGUGGACAUCUUCCAUAUACAAACAGCUGAGUUAUGGCCAUAUAAGGCAAUUGAUUUGGGUGAGGAAGAAUUUCAUGAUCUAUGACUAUUGCAAUGAUUACAAAAGAUUCAAUGGACAGUUCCCUCCCGAAUGCUACAAAACACAAUUUUAAUUCUGAUACAAACAUUUGCAAUUUGUCACGGUCUUGGUGAUUUACGGAUUUCAUUCUUGUAUUGAAUCAAAUUAAUUAUCUUAUAAAUGAAAUAAUAAAAUUUGCAUUAAUAA